AUGGGCCUUCAGCCCCUGAGCCCUGUACAGCUGCUGUGCCUCCUGGGUGCCCUCAACAUGCUGCCACGGGCUGGAGCUCUCCUGUGCUACGAAGCGAUGGCCUCCAGCUUCAGAGCGGUCACCUUCCACAACUGGAAAUGGCUUCUGUUGAAGAGUAUGGUGUGCAAACUGCGAGAGGGCUGCGAGGAGACACUAAUAUUCAUUGAGACAGGAAGCAAGAGGGGAGUCGUGGGGUAUAAAGGCUGCACCUCAUCCUUGUCCUACCCCGAGCAAAUCUCUUACCUCAUCUCACCCCCUGGCGUGUCAAUCGCCUCCUACAGCCGCGUCUGUCGGAGCUAUCUCUGCAACAACCUCACCAGCCUGGUGCCUUUUGUGAGGCUCAGGGCGAAUAUGCCCAAGUCUUCCGGGCAGGCGGCCCAGCAAUGCCCCACCUGUGUGGGCAGGCAUGAUGAGGCGUGUCUUCCAAACUUUGUUUCCCUCGAGUCCUGCCCCACUGCCGCCACUGCGUGUUACGGUUCCACCUUAAAAUUUCAAGCAGGCCGCCUCAACACCACCAUCCUCCUAACAGGCUGUGCGCAGAGCCGCCAGCACCUGCUGGGGGAGUUCCACCACAUCGGGAGCAUCCGAGUGACCGAAGGCCUCAACAUCAUGGACAGGUCCCAGGUUGCUGGCGCCGGAUCUGCCCCUCGGGGUUCCGCCUGGAGCGUCCUCUUUGGUUUCCUGCUGGCCUGCAAGCACUGA